AUGGCCUCCAUCUCCUCCCUCGGCCUCGGCCUGUGGCCCUUCGGCUUACGUUCGCCCUCAGCGCCGUCCAGCCCGCUCAUCCUCCCAGCCGUGCGCGGUAUCCGGACGAUCCAACUCCAAGUCCUCAUCGAUGCUGCCAACCCUCCUCCGCCCACCGGUCUCACGUACGCCUGGCACGUCAUCCUCAAGUUCUUCGGGAUGCUAAAGAGGUCGGGUUCGAGGACCUCCUCUCUCCUGCACCCGGUGCGGAUGGCCUUUGGUGUAAUCUGUUCCCCAACAGCAAACAGUAGCUACGAUGGGCGCCUCGCAUAUGUCGCCGGAUGGGAGGACGUGCUGGUGUGGGACGUGAAGCGCGGCGAACUCGCAUCAAUGUGGCACGCGACCGGUGUCACAUCGCCCAUCACAUACCUUACGCCAGCGCCAGCUCCCGAAGAAUCUACCUCCUCCACAGCGCGCACGUUCGCCGUGAGCUAUGCGGACGGCUCGAUCCGUCUUUGGUCGUGGGAUCCCGAGACGCCGGGCGUCGAGGCCGUCGAGGUCGUCACCUUCAACGGACACAAGAAGGGAGUUUCGGCGCUUGCGUGGGACGCCGAUGGAGGUCGCCUCGCUUCCGGUGGCAGCGAGGGCGAGGUCGUCGUCUGGGACCGCGUUGCUGAGGUCGGCCUGUUCCGUCUCCGCGGGCACCGUGGACCUGUUACCAGCCUCCACUUCAUUCCCCACCCAACCCUCGGCGCUACCCAGCAUGCUGGAUACCUACUCACGACGUCGCGCGACACGUACCUCAAGCUCUGGGACUUGAGCACGCAGCACUGCGUGCAGACAGUGGUUGUUGGGCGCAGCGAGGUGUGGUCAUGCGCGGUCAAGGAUGAAGAGGAGGCCGAGGAUGACGGGCGAUGGCUCAUCCUCACGGGCAGCGGUGACGGUGAGGUACGCGCGUGGACGAUCGACAAGGCCGCCCUGGCCGAGGGCCUGAAGGAGAACGAGAACGGAGAGCUUCCCAAACUCGUGCUCCCGCUCUGCACUGUGCCAUUGCCGCCGUCGACGCAUCCCGUCUCGCAGUUAGCGUUCCACCCGACCCUCCCUGUGAUCCUGGCACAGACGUCGGAGCGCACGACAGCUGUCCUGCGCCUGCGGUCAGAAGAGGAGGUGGCGGCAAAGCGCGCACGGCGGAAGAAGCGCGACCGCGAGAAGAGCAAGAAGAAGGGCGUCGAUGUCGAGGAGGAGGCAAUGAACGAGGAGCCCAUCGCUUGGGAAGACCGCGUGACAACCUGGUGUGUCGUCAAGGCCAACGCCAAGGUCAAGUCAUUCUCCCUCGGCGAGGACGGCGCCAAGUCGAUGUCUCUCCUCCUCGCGUUGGCGAACAACUCGCUGGAGUCGUACUCUGUCCCGUCUCCACAGGGAGCGAAGAAGAGCAAGCUCGCCGAUGGGAACGCCCCCGAGCCGGCAAAGGUGCACUCGGUCGAGCUGGCGGGACACCGACAGGACGUGCGCGCGCUCGCAGUGAGCAGCGACGACCAGGUCCUCGCGUCGGCUGCGAGUGGCACGCUCAAGGUGUGGAACAUGCGAUCGACGGCGUGCUUGCGCACCAUGGAGUGCGGGUACGCGCUGUGCUGCACGUUCUUGCCUGGCGACCGCCACGUCGUCGUGGGCACCAAGGCCGGCGAGCUGCUGCUGUACGACGUCGCCGCGUCGGUCCUUCUUCAGCGGUACGAGGCGCACAAGGGGCCCGUGUGGGCCUUGCAUGUGCGCCCAGACGGCCGUGGCCUCGUCUCGGGUAGCGCCGACAAGGAUGUCAAGUUCUGGGACUUUGAGAUGCGGGAAGAGGGCGAGGGCGAGCGCGUGGUCAGCCGCCUCGGCGUUGAGACUAUUUACAAGAACAAGCAGCUCGCGCUGGUUCACGUCAAGACCCUCAAGAUGACGGACGACGUCUUGGCCGUCAAGUACAGCCCCGACGGGCGUUUGCUGGCCGUCUCGCUCCUCGACUCGACAGUCAAGAUCUUCUUCGCCGACACGCUCAAGUUCUUCCUCUCGCUGUACGGGCACAAGCUCCCCGUUCUGGCGCUGGACAUCAGCAGCGACUCGAAGCUGAUCCUGACUUGCUCUGCCGACAAGAACGUCAAGAUCUGGGGCUUGGACUUUGGCGACUGCCACCGCUCGCUCUUUGCGCACGACGACAGCGUCAUGUCCGUCGCGUUCGAGAAGAACAGCCACUACUUCUGGAGCGUGGGCAAGGACCGCGUGCUCAAGUACUGGGACGGCGACAAAUUUGAGCUCAUCCAGAAGCUCGAGGGGCACCAGGGCGAGAUUUGGGCUCUCGCCGUCUCGCAUCAGGGCAGCUAUGUGGUGACUGGAUCGCACGACAAGAGCAUCCGCAUCUGGGAGAAGACGGAUGAGCCGCUCUUCCUUGACGAGGAGCGGGAGCGGGAGCUCGAGGCUGCUCACGACGCCGCCCUCGUCGACUCGAUGAACCGCCUCGACACCGAGGACGGCGACGGGGAGGGAGAAGCCGAGGCUGUGCAGAAGCAGACGGCCGAGACGCUCAUGGCCGGCGAGCGGAUCAUGGACGCGCUCGCGCUCGCCGAUGCGGACCGCGAAGCGACGGAGGAAUGGGAGGCUGAGAAGGCACGUCUCGGUGACGCGGGCGCCUCCCUUCCCGCGCCAGCGAAGAACCCCGAGCUGGCGGCCCGCGGCGUUGAGGCCGACGAGCACGUCUACAACACGCUCGCAUCGAUCCCGGCUGCACACAUGGAAGAUGCGCUCCUCGUCCUGCCGUUCCGCAACGUCAUCUCCCUCCUCGGCUACCUCGACGCGUGGGCCGUCGCAGACAGGGAUAUUGUCCUAACUGCGCGCCUGUUGCAUUUCCUGAUCCGGACGCACCACGCCCAGAUUGUCGCUAACCGCGUCAUGCGGGCACGACUUGUCUCUCUGCGCACACACGUCCGGUCUGCGCUCGGACGACACCGCGCUCAGAUGGGAUACAACCUCGCUGCGCUCCGGUUCCUCCGCGCUCGGUGGGAGGGGGAACGCACUGCGGGCUUGCUGGAGGAGGAGGGUAUGGAUGAGGAGGCUGUCCGCCGACGACUCGAGGAGAGCCGAACGAAGCGGAAGCGCGUGGCGGUUGUUUGA